UCACUACAAUCACCGAGCCAGUCUCCAGCAAACCAAGCAACUUUUUUACCAUCCUCAACUUUUCGAAUCUUUCAAAAUGAAGUUCUCUACUAUCGCCCUCGCUGCCCUUACCCAGGUCGCCUCUGCCCACUACUUCUUCGACGUCGCCACCGUCAACGGCAAGGACUCUGCUCCUUUCCAGUACAUCCGAGACUUCACCCGUCCUACCAAGUACAACCCCAUCAAGUUCUCUUCCAACCCUUCUGCCGAUAUCCGCGACAACUCCUUCGCUGAUGGCGAGGACAUCGUCUGCAACCAGGGUGCCGCCACCAAGGGUGCUUCUACUGAGGUUGCCGAUGUCAAGGCUGGUGAUGUGAUCACCUUCAAGCUCGGUGUUGGUGCCAAGAUGGGUCACCCCGGACCUACUCUGGCCUACAUGUCCGCCGCCGGUAGCGAUGUCAAGUCCUACAAGGGUGACGGUGAUUGGUUCAAGAUCAUGGAGGAGGGUGUCUGCAACGCCGGCGGUGACUUCACCAAGGACGCCUGGUGCAACUACGACUCUCCCUCCGCCGAUGUCAAGAUCCCCGAGGGUACCCCCGAUGGCCAGUACCUCCUCCGUGUUGAGCACAUCGGUGUCCACCGAUCCCACGUCAACCAGCCCGAGCACUACGUCUCCUGCAUGCAGGUUUCCGUCACCGGUGGUGGCUCCGGCAAGGUCGACGCCGAGAUGGUCAAGUUCCCCGGUGCCUACAAGGCCACCGACGAGUACGCCAACUUCUCCAUCUACAACGGUGCUAAGGCCUUCCCCAUGCCCGGCCCCAAGGUCUGGGGUGGUGCUACCUCUGCCGGUGGUGCUACUGGCGGCAACGAUGCCCCCGCUUCCACUCCCGCUGCCGGUAACGACGCUCCCGCCACCACCCCCGACGCUGGCAACGGUGCCGCCGCUCCUGAGGCCGGUAACGGUCAGCAGCAGGGUGGUGAGCAGCAGCAGGCUCCUCCUCAGGGCAACCAGGGUGGAUUCCCCGGUCAGCAGCAGGGUAACCAGGGUGGCUUCCCUGGUGCCCAGAGCGCUGGCUCUCCUUGCUCCGCUUAAGCGCGUGCUUUAAAGAUUCGAUUCAAAUAUUGUUUGGUAUUGUCGAUGUGUUGAACGGAGGACCAAGAAGUGGAGGGAAGAGGUUGCAGAUUUCUGGUCAACUUUCAUGUAUAAAAGAGUCCUGUUGAUCGCAUCAAGUUUAUCUGCUAGAUGAGGAAGGGGAUGGUCUGGAACUGUGCUCGUAGUCAUUUUAGCUUUGCUUAAUUUAUCUGAAGCAAUCUGAGGACAAAAAAAAA